CCCUACCCCGGAGCUCCGGCUGCAGAGUCCCUUGCACUGGGCUAUAAAAAGCUGGGUUAAGCCACGACUCAGACCUAAGAUCCUUGCCACGCCAUGGCCUCAGACGCGCGGCUCCCACCGGAGCGGUCGGCCUCGGAGGAAAGCGCCUUGCAGAGCUCUGGGGGAUUUAGCCUUCUCCCGCCUUCUCCUAGCAAAGCCUCUCCUGCCGCGCCGCCGACCUCCAGCGAGUUGCAGGCGAUCCUCAAGCCUAGGGCGGCGUCCUUCUCCGCGCCGUCGGCGAGCGGACCCCUGCUGUCCCAGCACCUGGCAGCGGUAGCUCAGCAAGCCGCAGGCGGGGUCCCUACUACCGCUCCGGCCGCGUCCCCGCCAUCCACACAGCAGUCCUCCCAGCGCGAUCAUGGUGUGCCCUCCGACUGGAGUGGCCUGUUGGACGAGCACAGGCUGCUCGUUCACCUGCAUCUGGCCCAGCUUCGCGAAGAACGUCUGUGGAGGGGCGGCAACCUCCAGUUGAUUCCACGCAUAAAAGACUUCAUAAAGCACUAUGGCUUUGGCUACACCCCGAAUGAGCUGCUGAGGAUGGAGCUGGCUAUUCUGGACAGACUGUACUGGGACCUACACACUGGGACACCGCUGGAAUUCUUGACUAUAGUAAGCAUGAGGAGUUUGCCGAGUCUCCCUGAGACUCAUUUGUGCCUUUGGAACAGCUGUUCACAACAUAGGACAGCAAAGCACAGGCGUGCACACGUCCUUGCACAUGCACCACGGUGAGGUGACCCACAAGGCUCACAACAUACGGGAGUGAAAAUGUAUCCAACACCAUUCCACCAGACUCCCAUUUCUGAAGGACAUUAAGUUUACUUGACAAAGAUUUUUAAGCGGCACUAUUAUGGUGAGUUUCUCUUUUAAAUACACACUGCAAAAAUAUUUAACUUUCCAUUCUAUGAAUAUUGUACAUAAAUAUCUGUCUGCUUUUGCUACACUUUACACACAUUCACUUAGCUGUCUUUAUUCACCUACACACAAUCCUUAUUGAGGCUUUAGACCAUAUUGAUCUGGCACUUAAAAAAAUAUCAUACAUUAGUUUGGGUUUGUUUUAGUUAGGGGAAUGAUCAUCAUUUUCAAGGAUAUGAUUCUGUUAGUAAGGCAAAAUUAUGCAAUGUGAAAAUGUCAUGGGAUUUUGGUCUGUUAUGAAGCAUGAAGAUUAAAUUACUAAGAGAUGUUUCAUUAUGAAAACUGGACACUGUUGCCAAGUUGAGUUUCUUCUAGUAUCAAGCAGAUACAAGUAACUUUUCUGCUACUUUGAUCUUGAAUAGUAUGUUUCUAUUUUUCAGAUUUGAAACAUUGUCAUCUAAGUACUUUAGGCCUGCAAAGACUGUCACAAAGCAGACUGUAUUUUCUCUCCAGGGUUGAGGCUCAGGUUGGCCACAGAAUGGGCAUUAAGCCUCAAGCCCCUCAUGGGGCCAUGGAUGAGAAGGGUUGGGCCACAUUUGAUGCUCCCUGAAGGAAACGGAGAUUGUUUGCACUUUUGGUCAUUGAUAUAUGAAAAGUAUGGGGUUUUCUGUUCUAAUAUUAAAAACCAUGGUCUCCAGUUCCACUCCCUGGUGGUCCUGAGCCGGCCCCAUGUGGUGGAGCUGCUGCCUCAGAGGAAUCCUUCCCUCCACGUCGCGUCCCUGACCAGGCAGCUGCAGCACUGUAUGGCGGGCCACCAGCUGCUGCAGUUCAAGGGCUCCACACUGGCUUUGGUCAUCAUCACCUUAGAGUUGGAGAGGCUCAUGCCCGACUGGUGGACUCCUAUAUCUGAUCUGCUAAAGAAAGCACAGGUAGACAUCAACUUUGCCCCAAGCCUGGCUCUGAGUUUUGCCCCUUUAGAAGAUAUACUGUGCCCCUGAAAGAGUACUCAUGGCCCUUCUUGGCCCUUGAGGGCUCCAGAAGAUGCUCUGGCCUUGAUAACUCUGGCAAGAGUCUGCCUAAGGGCUACGCAUUCCACACUUGGCCACACUCUGUGGACAUCAGUAUGAACACCUGCACCUUCACUGGAUCAAUGCAGGUGGGUCCCUGACAAUGAGAAAUUUUAUUCAAUGGCAAUCCUUAGUGCCAAGAAGAUUGGGUGUGUGUGGAGGGGAAUGCCCAGCUCAGAAGGAAGCAACCUUGAGCUUAAUAUUGGGAAUUGUAAAUUGCAGACCCCCCCCCCCCCAAUCUGUCUGAAUCUAUGGCACCAGGCCCUGGAGGGUCAGAAUCCUUGCAGACAGAUAGGUCAGGAUGGAGCUGUGCAAUUAGACUCCUGACAGUUUACUGAGGUUGGAGAGGGACGUCCCUGACCCAAUGGGGUUAAUGCUGGCGGGUUGGGUGGUUGGAUCCUGCUUGGGUACUCAAUUGCCUAAACAGGCUGGCCACUGUUUUAACACAGGUCAUCUGUACCGAGCAGUACAGCUGCUGCAAGGAACUUGUAAAGCAGCACCUGGGAAGUUUGAAUCAGCCUCCCGCAUAGGCAGCUCCGUUCCACCUGCCACCCAGACUCUCUGCCAUGACCCUGGUUCCUUCACAGCAUAAUGGGAACCCUCCAUGCAUGGACUCUUAUAAAUUCUUUGGCUUUAUGAAUCCUGUAACAAGACAGGAAGAAGGCCCAGAAGAGUAACUGAGAAAGAUCCUCUGGCCCUAAGAGAAAAAUUUCAGGAGAGGGGAAGAGUGGGUCAUGAUCAACAGUAGCAAGGGUGGUCUGACAGAUACUAUCUUGCCUUCUCCCUUUUCCCCCCAACCUAGCAGGUAAUAAAUGCAUGCUUCAAUGGCACUUGUUUUUCCUUCCUUCUCCAACAAGGGCUGAUAUUGGCCCUUUAGAGAGCUGAGGCCAAAGGGUGGGCCCUGCUUAAGCCUGAAGGGCUGGGGCUGGUCCAGAUCCUGACUGACCAGUUCUUGCUGUUCUACAUGCCAGAGCCAGCCAGGUCCAUGUGUCCCAAUCUCAGCUCCAUGCAGCCCCUUCAAAACUGGGACAGUCUCUCCAGACUCAUUUACCUUGAUGGGUCUUAGCUUAAGUCUUCUCCAUAAGGUCUUGAUCUUAGAGUAGACCUUAUUUAAGGUACAGUAACUCAAAAAUGGUUUAAGCACUGUUUUCCCUUUGUUACUGUGAACCAAAGUAGUUUUUUAAUCUAAGUAGAGGAAUUUCAUGCUAAUUAAUGGAGAUUACUGGGUGACACCUGUGAGGGGAAGGCAGCAGUUCUGAGCGCUUUUGUUGGGGUAGACAGGUUUCGAGGCCCAGUCUGCUCCAACCACUGUGCUGCCAGAAAGAGGAGGAUGUUACUUGUGUGGCUGAGAGAAAGACCAGCUGCCUCUCUGAAGCCAUGAUACUAUAGGGCCAUUCUCUAAGCAGUAGAGCCCAGCUGGCCCAGAGGCCAGCUGGAGCUGUGUAAGCAGAGUUGGGGAUUUGAAUGACUAGGGCACACAUUUAGAGGUGGUUUGUGAAGUCUCUCCACUGUGAACGGUUGUUUUCAGGAAUGUGCUAAGCCAUGGUGGGUAGGGAUAUGGUCUGCUACUAGGGGCAAUUUGGUAAGAACCAGAUAUACUAUAAUCACAUCUAUACUAAAGUCAGUAUACAUCUGUAUCUUUUCUUGACACAAGUUUGCCUAUUGGAGCUCCUGUAAAAAAUAGACUUUAAUUGCUUUCAACACUGUCUUGAAUCUUUUCUUGCACUUACGGAGUACUGUGCAUUCAGACUUCUAGAGUCAAAUACAUUAGGAACAUACUCUCCUGGGUCCUAUUCAUAACUAUCCUCCAGGUAGAUCCUGCAAGGACCAAAGUGAGAAAAUAGGGACUGAGGUUGGGGAGCUGAGAGGCCUAAAAAAAGACUGGUAUGCAAACAUCUCCCAUGAGGGUGUAGGUCAGUUCUACAUCUGGUAGGCAGGUGGCAGAACCUCCAGUACCCAUUUUACAGAUGAAGAUGCAGCUGCAUGGCCACCACUGCCCUCCACCUCCUUGCCUCUAAUGUGAGUGAGCACUGCAGUGGAUGAGGCAGGAGUUCAUCCUGAGGACCCACACCAGGCUUUGGGGAACUGCUGGGAGGCAUCUGGGCCAUGUAACCAAGUGGCUCUACAUGUAAAUCUUAGUGAAAGAAGGCAGACCUGUGAUCCCUGCCUUGUUGUUCAGCAGUUCUAUAAAUGACCUAACCCUUGUUGGGAAGCUAACACUUCCAUUGCCAAAGUACCAAUUAUACAUUUUUAAAAGUCUGUGCUGGUCGCCCUUGCCUCAGAGUACCAGAUCUGUGCUAGUCCCCUCUAACAUUUUCCCCUCCUGACAUUAGGAAUUCACAUUCCACUAGGAUCAGACACUAGGGAUCCUCUGAAGGGGGAUUAAUAUGGACACAAUCCAUCUUUUGUCUCCACCCAUACAGAAAGGCGGGGGUUGGUAAAGGACUGAGGCUGCAGAAAAUGGAGAUGGGAGAAAGCCCAGAGGAAGAUGCCAUAGCAGUGGGAAAGGUCAACGGGCUAAGGGAGGUGGUGGCCGGGGGAGUGUCAUGGAUCUUUCUUAAACAUGUUCAAAUGGUACUUCCCCCACAUGGGUGAGUCAAGUUGUAUGAUAUUGCUCCUUCCACCAAGGAGGCCCAGCUCCCUCUGGCUUCCUGGAGAGUCUAUCCUUCAAAGUCUGGUGAAGACUGCCUCCCUUAGGUAGAGUUGAACUACACCUUCAGCAGGGGUGUCGGCAUCCAGUCUUCCCGUUGGGCUGUCAACUCCCCAACCUCAGUCCCUAUUUUCUCAUUUUGGUCUUUCCAGGAUCUGACUAGGUCCUAGAAAGAAAGCUUCUCAACAAAUGGACCAACCAUAUGUGCUUGUUAUUUUCUCCAAACACAGUUUUCUCUUUCUCAGCCAUUUACCUGUAUCCCAGGGCUUUCCACUCUACAAAACCUUCCCAGGUCCAGCAGCCCACACUGUCAAACUAUAUACCCUAACAAUGACCACAUUUCCAGUCUUCUUACAUGAGCCUACUGGGAUGCCAAGAGGUGGUUACAGCUUGGGACUUAGGAGUACAGACAACUAAUGUUCCAAUCCCAACUCUUCCAUUACUUGCUUUGUGACCUUAGGUAAUUACAUUAACUCUCUGUGCCUCACCUGUGGAAUGUGGAGAAUAAUGGUAUCUAAUUAUAGGAAACUGAUGAAGAUUAGAGGAGUUAAUGCAUGUAAUGCAGUUGAGAGCACACAAAUGUUAGUUGUCCCGGGUCAAGGCUCCUUAUAAACUCCUUGAGGGAGUUUCAGUCUCAUUUCUUUAACCCAGUUGCCAAUAAAUAUUCAUGCCACA